UGGGACGAUCCUGUACGAAUUAUCAGAGGUUUUUAGCGACUCUGUUUGAAGGGGAGGUGUACAACAACGAAGUUAACAGACAGAGCCUACAAAGAACAAGAGGCCGUUCGUAUCUCCCUGAAAAACAUCGUCAAUGGGAUACGUUUGCUUAUGAGAAUGAGUUCAGGGGGCAGCUGCUGAACCAGAGGUGGACACGAGGGGACAGAAUCAGCAGCUGGGAGAACAGGAGGAUCAAGAAAAUUAAAAUGAACCAAGAAGCAGAUGAGAAGCGCACAAGGACUCGCUCGAAAGGCAUCAGAGUUCCUCUUGAGCUUGUUGGACAAGACUACAGCUGCCCAACGCCAGGAUGCGACGGCUUAGGCCAUGUCAGUGGAAAAUACGCACGACACAGAAGUGCACUAGGUUGUCCAUUAGCGAAGAAAAGAAAACUCCAGGAGGCAGAGGAGAAUCAACCAGCUUCCAAAAAGAAGCCCAACCCCCUUAAGCUAGCCAUGGAUGAUGGGUUCAAUGCAGAAAGCGACACAAACAGUGAAACAGAAACGAAAGAUGAGGGUGCAGAGUCAGAAGAGGAGACGGCCGAUAAAGAAGUUGAUGCGAAAGAAAAUACACCAACAUCAGAAGCAAUGACAGUUGAAUGUUCACAAGCUGAUCCAGAAGAGAAGAAGUCACCAGUCAGAGAUGCUUCGAGUCCAAUCGCAGAGAUUGAAAGUGAGAAGGAGCAAGAAAACACAGAAGAUCCAUCAAUUCAACAAAUCACAUUAGACACUGAAGCUGAAGAGGGGCUUCAGGUUGCCACCGAUAUUCAGGCUCGGGAGGAAGAGGUAGAGCAGGAGGCGGAAGAGAUUACAGAAGAGGAAAGAGUGACACUGCAGCUAAAAGAGACUGAUGAGACUGUGCAGACAAUAGAGGAAGAAGAAGAAGAGGAAGAGGAGGAGGAGGGAGAAGAAGAAACGCAAUGUUCCAGCCAGAAGAACAACUUAGAUCACCAAUACUUCAGUGGAGACUUUGGCAAAGUCCAGACCAAAGUGACUGAAGAGACGGAGAGAGACAGUGAAGAUGAUGAAGGAGAUGAAGAGGAGGAAGAACAGACCCAAGUAGCUCCUUCUGACUCCCUGAUCGCCCCUGUCACCACUUCAGCUCAGGAAUUAGAACCACACGUGAGAACCACUCUUGCCGAAGAUGAGGAGGAGGAAGAGGAUGAGGAAGAAGAGAGAGACGAUGCUUCGGAUAAAGACUCGCCCACUGUAGUUAUCGAGUUGGGGUCUGACGGAGACGAAGAGGAGGAAGAGGAGGAGGAAGAUGACGGUGAAGAGGAAGAGCCAGAUGAAGCAGAUGAUGAGGACUUGGACAGCAUGUCACUGAGGUCAGAGGUAACAGAUGACUCCGAGACGUACGACAUGACACGGGGUAACCUCGGACUGCUGGAACAGGCCAUUGCACUGAAAGCUGAGCAGAUAGAUCGCAGCUCAGAGGAGAGCUGCUCUCCUGGGCAGCAACUGUACCACAGCCCGGAGGGGAGUUUGGGGAAAGGCAUGGACAUCACGGCACGCAGAGGAUACUAUGGCAAAGAAGGAUCAAGAUCAGAUAAGAAGGAAAUCAAGUGCCCCACACCAGGGUGUGAUGGGACAGGUCAUGUGACUGGACUGUACCCACACCACCGCAGCCUUUCUGGGUGCCCACACAAAGAUCGAAUCCCUCCAGAGAUCCUGGCAAUGCAUGAGAACGUACUGAAGUGUCCAACACCUGGAUGCACAGGGCAGGGACACGUCAACAGCAAUCGCAACACACAUCGCAGUCUGUCUGGCUGCCCCAUUGCUGCCGCAGGGAAACAAAAGACCCAGGAAAAGCAGUCACAGCCUCAGACCUCCAUCAGCGAUCCCUCCACUGUAGGUUCUAACUCAGACAGAGUCCUCAGACCGAUGUGUUUUGUGAAACAGCUCGAGAUCCCACAAUAUGGCAGCUUCAGACCCAAUUCAAUGCCAGCCACUCCUAGGGCAAACCUGGCCAAGGAGCUGGAGAAGUAUUCCAAGGUGUCUUUCGACUAUGCAAGCUUCGAUGUGCAGGUGUUUGGCAAGCCAAUGCUUGCCCCCAAAAUGCCCACCAGCGAAACCUUACCUAAAGCCUUCAAACCCUCAUCCCCGAGCCACAGCCUAUCCGGAGGAUACACCAAAAGCAGUUCCUCUUCCACCUCCAGCGGGUACGACUAUACCCACGAUGCUGAAGCUGCUCACAUGGCUGCCACUGCCAUUCUCAACCUGUCCACCCGAUGCUGGGAGAGACCAGAAAACCUCAGUACCAGAGAGCCAGACCAGGGUGACAAGGACACGGACAUUGAGGUGGACGAGAACGGCACAUUGGACCUCAGCAUGAAGAAACCCAAAACGGAUGGAGUGAGAUCACCAGAACCCUCCUCACCUUCGUCGUCAUCUUCUCAACACCACGGUGUCACCUCGCCCCACUCAAGCCACACCUACAAACAAGAAGAGUGGGAGGGGCCUCUGGACUACACCAAGUCAAACCGACAAAAAGAAGAGGAUGAGCCAGAAGAGGUGGAGUACACCAUUCACUCAUAUGCCUCCUCUGAGGUAGAAGAUGAUGAUGCCACUCAGGAGAGCCUAGAGGACAGGAAGUACCCUGGUGAGGUCACUACCUCCAGCUACAAGGUCAAGUUCCAGCCCAAAGACUGCAAGAAAGAAAUCUUGGUAUGUCCCACCCCGGGUUGUGAUGGCAGUGGACAUAUAACCGGGAACUAUGCAUCUCACCGCAGUCUCUCUGGUUGUCCCCUUGCUGAUAAAAGUCUUCGGACCCUCAUGGCUGCCCACACUGCUGAACUCAAAUGUCCUACUCCAGGUUGUGAUGGAUCAGGCCACAUCACUGGAAACUAUGCUUCCCAUAGAAGUCUGUCUGGAUGUCCACGUGCCAAGAAGGGCGGGAUCAAAACCACCCCAACUAAGGAUGACAAGGAAGAUUCAGAGCUGUUAAAGUGCCCAGUGCCAGGUUGUGAUAGUCUGGGGCAUAUCAGUGGGAAAUAUGCCACCCACCGCAGUGCCUAUGGGUGCCCGCUGGCAGCACGCCGGCAGAAAGAGGGCAUGUUAAAUGGCACACCAUUCUCCUGGAAAGCUUUCAAAAGUGAAGGCCCAACCUGCCCCACGCCAGGGUGUGAUGGCUCGGGACAUGCCAAUGGCAGUUUCCUUACUCAUCGCAGUCUAUCAGGGUGCCCUAGAGCUUCGGCAAACAAGAAGAGAGCAAGGUUCCCAGGAGAUGACUACAUAAGCAAAAAAUUCAGGGCAAGUGAUGUGCUUGACAAUGAUGAGGACAUUAAACAGCUGAACAAAGAAAUCAAUGAGUUGAAUGAAUCAAACUCUGAGAUGGAGGCAGACAUGUCCAACCUACACACACAGAUCUCAUCCAUGGAGAAGAACCUCAAGAGCAUGGAGGAGGAGAACAAACUCAUUGAGGAGAAGAAUGAGGCCAUGUUCAUGGAGCUGUCAGGCCUGAGCCAGGCUCUCAUCCGCAGUCUUGCCAACAUCCGUCUACCACAGAUGCAAGAGCCAAUCACCGAACAGAAUUUUGACACUUAUGUGGACACACUGACCCACAUGUUCACCGAUAAAGAGUGCUAUCAGAACCCGGAGAACCGAGCCCUACUUGAGUCCAUCAACCAGGCCGUCAAAGGCAUCGAGGUGUGAGCAGAGGAGCAACGACUGCAAGACACUGUGGGUUGCAUAACCAGACCAACAACAUUAAAAUCCCAUCUAAGGACAUUCAGGUUUUCUAUGCGGCACCUUCUAUGCGGCACCUUCCAAAACGAGGAACCCGUGGAACUCAGAUGAAAGGACCAAAAUCCAAUUCCAAAUUAAGCUGCUUAGCAAUUUCGAGGAGAUACGAUCCUUUGCCUCUUAAACCAAGCUGGCUCUUCUUCUUUUGGGGGUAUUUUUGGAGUAAACCAUUUGGUAAUGUUUUAUAGAGCAACUAUCACCAACACUGAUUUGCCUUUCCUACGUCUCUCAGUGCAUUGGAGGCUGCUGUGAACAAUAAGUCGUGAGAUUUUCUGGUCGUGUGUCUGUGUGUGUGGGGUCGGGGGGUGAGUCCGUAUGUAAGUGUGUGUACCAGAUCGUUUUUAUGUGUACUGUCCGAAGGUGAAUUAAUGAUUAAUGGCCUCCCUCUGCAGAAAUAUGAUUAGUACGUGGCGACACUGCUACAUUUGAACCCUGUAUGAUAAUGUUGUCUCAUAUUUGGUGUAAAUGUGCUCUUGUUCCAUUCAGUAAUAUUUAUAGUAUUUGAGAACAUAGAUUGCACUUCCACGAAUAGUUUGUAGUUUCAUCGUCAUGUGAUUAUUGUAAUUUAUUAUUAUUAUUAUUAUUGCUACCACUAUUUAAAUUGGGUCCUUAAAAUAUACAUUUAAUUUAUUAUUUAUUCAUGUUAAGGUUUAUUUUGUUUAUUUAUUGAUCAGUGUCUAUUUAUGGACUUAAUUUAUUUCACGAAACAAGAUUCUAUACACAGCUUUUAGACGGUUAUAAAGAGGAGAGACAUUGCCCUUCUGUGUUGUGAAAGAGGCAAUAUUUUAAGAAUAUCAACAGCAAAUUGUUUUAUAAACCUUACUAUUUAUUUUAAAGACAGAGAUGUAUAAUCUCUUUUUUAAGUGCAAAUAUUUUCUACCUAACGAUUUUUAUAUUGUUUUUUAAUAUUCUCCUUUAUUUAAUGAGUUCUGUUUUCCAUAAAAGUAUUUUGACGCCCUCCAGAGUGAAGUGGGUUGAACAGAUAUGAUGUAUUUAUUGUUAUUUAUUUAGUAUUUAAGAACAAAUUGAAUGGAGACCUUGUUGCAUAUUUAUUUUGUAAAUGUCUCUGUGUUAGUGGUUGCUGCAUAUGGAUAGUCUUUGCCCAUGUUGUUGAUAAAAUAAAUGGGA